AUGGCUACUUUCGACCUUCCUGAGAAAUUCGAUGACCUUCCCAAUAAACUCCAGUACUGGCCCGCUCCGCCAGGCUCCGCCGAAGAGGGCCUAGGUAUGCUCCGCAUCCUAACCCCAGACAUUGUCGCCAACGCAGCCCGGACACAGAUCCAAACUGGCGAGCGCGUAUGUCUACAAUGGGGGAUCGAGAACCUAAACCCGCCAGGAUUUGGCCGCAAACCCUUUGAGCACAAGGUAAAAUGGGUCGCGGAAGGCGUUGCCUUCGACGACGAAUACCACUUCAACCCGCAGCAGUCAUCUCAAUGGGACGGCCUCCGCCAUCAUAACGGCCCCGCGCCUACCGCCGAGGACCCCAACCGCCGCCUCUUUUACGGCGGGACAACCGCAGAGGAGAUCCAGGACCCCGCAAACUCGCGUAUCGGAAUCGGGUACUGGGCGACGAAAGGCAUAGCAGGGCGCGGCGUCCUAAUCGAUUUCGUCUCGUGGGCUGAGAAGAGGGGGGUCUCUAUCAACGCCCUAUCGCAGCAGGAAAUCUCGCUGGACACGGUGCUCGAGAUCGCGCGGGACAGCAAGAUCGAGUUUCAGCGCGGCGACAUCUUCUUCCUCCGCGUGGGGCUACCGCAGACUUGGGCGGCCAUGGACGAUAGCCAGAAGAAGGUGUAUAGCCAGCAGGCGACGCCGAAGCAUGCGGGAAUUGAGCAGAGCGAGCGCGUGCUGCGAUUUUUCUGGGAUAAUCACUUUGCGGCGGUGGCGUCAGAUGCGGUGAGCUUUGAGGUGUUCCCGCCCCGCAAUCCGGAGUUUGAUCUCCAUCAUCAUAUGCUGGCGGGGUGGGGUGUGCCGAUUGGCGAGAUGUUCGAUCUGGAUGGCCUGGCGGAGAUGUGCAGGGUGCAUGACCGGUGGACUUUUUUUGUCUCGAGUAGUCCGUUGAACUGUGCGAGGGGGGUGUCGAGUCCGCCGAACACAAUGGCACUUUUCUAG